AUGGCCACUCAGUCAAAACAGAAGAAGUUAAAGGGUGGACGUCAGAAAUUAAAGCUUUUUCGGGCAAAUGAGCCACUUAAAAGUGUACUGAUGUGGGGCAUCAACCACUCUAUAAAUACCCUCCAGCAUGUGAAGCCCCGAGCUGUUCUUCUGAAAGACGACUUCAAGGCCUACUUGAAGAUAAAAGUCACUGGACAUCUUUUUAACAAGCAAGUUUUUCCGAGCCAUUUUGACUCUUUGUAGAGAAAACAUGCCUAGCAGAUUCAAGUUCAAGGAGUACUGUCCAUUGGCCUUUCAGAAUCUGAGAGAACGCUUCGGUGUGGAUACCAACGAUUAUUGGGUAACUUUAGAAUCCUUUUUGACAUUUCAAUGUACUUUUCGUCCAUAA